GCGGGAGUUGUCCACACUUUUUGCUGGGAAAAAAACAAACGCAUGAGGUUUUUUUUUUUUAAAUUAUUAAUUAAACUGCAUAAAACGGGUAUUAAAGAAAGAUGGAUCUUAACGACGCAGUGUUAACCUGCGCGGUGAACAUGCAGUGGACUAACUCCGUGGGCGUUACGGGCCGGAAACUGGCCUACAAAACUGCCACUCUACGUUUGGUGCGAAACGAUCUUCGGGAAUUGUUUGUGGAGGUGACGCCGGAAAAACUGAAGCCACUGAAAUUCAAGCUCAAGGAUCUCAUGGUGCACAAGAAGUUCAUGUCCGAGGGCAAGGCUACGUUCAACUUUAAGGCGGAAAGCUGUACGCUAUAUUUGUCGAAUGCCCCGCCCGGAACUCUUAUGUUCUUCCUGCGCACAAUCUUUAUAAAAAUGAAUGGCAGCGAAGGAUCUCAGCCAGACGAUGCAUCUCUACAGAAGAAGUUGAGGGAGCAUCUGAUGUCCGGCAAACCCAGCAGCUUCGAGGACGUCUCUCCUGUUACAACGGCGGAGAUGAUUUUGGCGCGAAAAAAGGCGGGUUUGAUGUCCAAGGCAUCCACGACGACUCCAUCGCCACAAGCGGCCAAAAAGAGGCGUUUUGACGAGAUGAAGGAGGACCGGGAAAAGGGCAGUCUGCCAGCGGCCAAGAAGCUCUAUCAAUCAACCACGGAUGAAUCUCUAAAACUAAGCGAAGAACAAAUGGAGGUACUGCGCGCCUGCACUUCCGGCAAAAAUGUGUUUUUUACGGGCUCCGCUGGUACAGGCAAGAGUUUCUUGUUGAGGAGAAUCAUAUCUGCUCUUCCUCCCGAUGGAACAAUAGCCACGGCCUCUACGGGUGUGGCAGCUUGUCUAAUUGGUGGCACCACUCUGCACGCCUUUGCGGGCAUUGGCGGCGGUGAUGCCAACAUGAAGAGGUGUCUGGAACUUGCCUCCAGGCCCGUGAGUGCCCAAACCUGGAGAAAGUGCAAACGUUUGAUCAUCGACGAGAUCUCAAUGGUAGAUGGACAGUUCUUUGAGAAAAUUGAAGCAGUUGCCCGCCACAUUCGCCGCAACGAUCGUCCCUUUGGUGGCAUCCAGCUCAUUUUGUGCGGAGAUUUCCUUCAACUACCACCUGUAGUAAAAAGUGAGUUCGGAUCUACGCCAAAUUCCGCUCCACAGCAGAGAUUUUGCUUCCAGUCCAGUGCGUGGGAAACGUGCAUCCAGAAUGUCUACGAACUGAAGCAAGUCCACCGUCAAUCGGAUCCAGAGUUUGUCAAGAUAUUGAAUCACCUGCGCAUUGGUCACGUUAACGAAUCCAUUACUACCCGUCUGGCAGCAACGUCUAAGCAGAAAAUCGAGGGCAACGGAAUUCUUGCCACCCAGCUUUGUUCGCACACCAAUGAUGCCAACUCCAUAAAUGAAUCGAAGCUGGAGAACCUGGGAGGCGACAAGGUUCUAUUCAAGGCAGAUGAUUCCGAUCCCAGUAUGUCCAAACAACUAGAUCAACAGAUUCAGGCCCCAUCCCAAUUGUUCCUAAAAGUUAAUGCUCAAGUGAUGCUGCUCAAGAACAUCAAUAUAUCCAAUGGACUGGUGAAUGGUGCAAGAGGGGUGGUCGUCAGAAUGGACAAGGAUCUGCCAGUAGUACGGUUCAAAAACAACCAGGAAUAUAUUUGCAAGCAUGAGAAAUGGAUCAUUAAAACGCCCACUGGAGGCCUAAUUACUCGGCGACAGGUGCCUCUAAAAUUGGCGUGGGCCUUUUCCAUCCACAAAAGUCAAGGACUGACUCUGGAUUGCGUGGAAAUGUCGCUGUCGAAAGUUUUCGAGGCUGGACAAGCCUAUGUGGCCUUGUCGCGAGCAAAGUCCCUGCAAUCCAUUCGAAUACUAGACUUCGAUCCCAAGCAGGUUUGGGCCAAUCCACAGGUCUUGCAGUUUUACAAGGGAUUCCGUCGUAAACUCAUCGAUACUACAAUGAUUCCUUUGGGUCCCAAAAACAAGGACAAAAAACCCGGGGAUGGCAAAGCUGGAAACAGUGCUUUGGCUAAGCUCAACAAGAGUCUUAUGAACAAGCCUCUGGUCUCGAUUAGCUAAUUCUAUAACUUAAUUUUUAGACAAAUUUAACUUUAAAUUUAAUCACGGAUAUCUAAUUGUGCUAAUUAUAAAUUCCAUAACUAAAAACUUUCAUUCAAAUUGUAUAUUCAAUAAUGAUUAACUAAAGAUUAAGCAACACA